AUGACCUUCGACCCGCUCACCUACGCGGGGAACAAGACGGGGGUUACGACCGCGUCGAAGCCGAUCGUCGACCGCGCGCGCGCGCUCGUCUGCAUGCUCCGCGAGGACGCGCGCGCGCCCUACGUGCCCGAGGACCGCGCGCCGCUGGCCGCCGCCGACGCCGACGCCUGCAGCAAGCUCCAGAUGGAGAUUCUCUACGCGGCGAAGGGCCUGCUCGCGCUCUGCCACCAGGAUCCGAGCAAGGGCCCGCGGAAGCACGUCGUCGGCGUGGCCAACGCGCUCCUCGAGCACCCCCUCGCCGUGGACCAGCUGCUCUGCUUCCUCGUGUGCUGCCCCUACGUCGGCGCGGGACCCGCGCCCUGGGCCGGCGAGGAUUGCGAGGGCGGCCUGGACUACUUCGACUCGGCCAAGGAGAGCGCGGAGGCCGCGGCGACGUGCGCGCCGUCGCCGGCGCAGGCCGGCGGGGCCUACCGCGUCGCCAUGGUCAAGGGGCCCGUGGGCCUGCUCCACGAGCUGCUCGCGCACGCGAACUCGCCGCUGCUGGGGGUGGUCGCCGAGAGCCCCUGGUGGCCGCGCGCCGCGGCCGUCUUCGCGCGCUUCGUCGCCGACGCCGGGGCGCCGGAGAAGCUGCCCGCGCUCCUCGCGUCCCUCGCGGCGUCGACGCUCGCCAAGCUCGCGCGGCUGCACCCGCCGGCCGCGCCGGCGGUCCGCGCGGCGAUCCGCGGCGACGUCGGCGCCUCCGCCGCGCUCGCGGCGGCCGCGGGCGCGCCCGACGCCGACGACGCCGCGAGGCGCGCGCUCAAGGCGACCUGCGUCCGGCUCCUCGAGCUCUUCGCGGAAGGCGAGGAGCCGCCGCACGACCGCCGGUGCCUCGCGUGCGGCGCGGAGACGACGGCGCGGUGCGCGCGGUGCAAGGUCGUCUUCUUCUGCAACAACGACCGCAAGUGCCUCGCCGCCGUCUGGGCCGAGCACAAGGGGCAUUGUGUGGCGGUGAAGGCGCCGUAA